AUGACACAGUUGGCUAAAAUUAAUUCUUCCACUAGGCAAGUUUUGGUGAAGAAGAGAGAACUAAAAAAUCUUGAAAUAAAUCACGGUGCUCUUAAAGAAGACAAAAAUAUGGAAGAUGUUUCGUUCGUCGAAUCCAAAAAUGAGAAUGUGGACAACAAUGUAAAUGUUGUGGGAGAGGAAAUUAUAGGAAGAGAUGAUUGUAUUGUGCCUGAGGUUGGUAUGCAGUUCAAUGAUGAAAAAGAAGUGUACGAUUUUUAUGCAAGAUAUGCAUAUGCCAUGGGUUUUCCAAGUAGGAAGAGGAGUUCGACGAAGGAUGAUGAUGGUGUUUUGAGAUAUGUCACAUUGACAUAUAGUCGGGAAGGACGAAGAAACAGUGAUACAAGCACUUCUUUGAAGCUGCAACCAACAAUUCAAACGGGUUGUAAAGCUAGAAUCUCUGCAUCUUUCGAUAUCCAUGGUUACUGGAAAAUUAACACAGUCCAUCUUGACCACAACCAUAAGACAAGUCCUACUAAGUCAAGGUUGUAUCGAUGCAAUCAAGAAUUAAGUGCACAAGUGAAACGAAACCUUGAAGUGAACGAUAUGGCUGACAAUCGAUGUAGGCAAGCAUACAAGGAGUUUGGGGACGUUGUCACAUUUGAUACAACUUACCUUACUAAUAAGUAUGACAUGCCAUUCGCCCCUUUUGUUGGCGUGAAUCAUCAUGGAUAG